CUAAAAUACUGUAAAUAAGAGAAAGAUAGAAAGUAAAAGUGAUGGAAAGUGCAUCAGAGCCGAAAGCAGCCAAGUACCGAGGAAUCCGGAGGCGGCCGUGGGGCAAAUUCGCAGCUGAAAUACGAGACCCCAACCGCAACGGCGCGCGUCUCUGGCUCGGCACCUUUGACACGGCCGAGGACGCAGCCCGUGCCUACGACAGAGCCGCUUUCGCUCUAAGGGGCCAUCAAGCCAUCCUCAACUUCCCUAACGACGGCCAUUAUAGAAAUCCCCCGCAUCAACAACCACCCUCAGCAGCGCAGGCGGGGGUGGAGGUGGAGGUGAAUGGAGGGCGGCGCCGCCAGCAAGAUGGGGUGAUCGAGUUUGAGUAUUUAGAUGAUAAUUUGUUGGAGGAUCUUCUCGCCACACAAAACGAUUCUACAAGAUUUUGAUUUUGUUAAUCCCAUUCAUUUUUCCUUUCUUUUUAUACUUCAGCAUUUCUUUGAUUCAUUUGUUUGUUUUUGUUUCCACUAUUUCAAGUUUUGAUUUUUUUAAUAAUUUUUAAUUUGAGAAUUAUAGAUUUUAUGUGAUAAAUGAGAACUAU